AUGUUCUCGCUCAUUGGUGCCAUGGGCACACUUGUGUCAACGUUCAUGGCGGCGGAUACGUUGUCACGGACAUUUGGAUUUGACAAAGUAAAUGUGGGAAGACUCAUGCUAUUCAUGUGGAUUUUGGCGAUUAUUUUGGCUCUUUGGAUGCGUAGCAUAGAAGUGCUGGGGUGCCUCCAUUGUAUAGUUUUUGUUGGUGCCGCCGCACGAUUUGGUGAGAGGGGUCUUUCAUACGACUUUGUAAGGGUUCCAAUACUAACUUUUGUUCCAGCUUUUGGAAUAAUGAACAUUCUGUUAAACUACGCUUGGUCCACCGCAUAG